GGCGGCCUCCUCAUCGGCCUCAACUUAUCGUCCAUGUCAGGGUUUCUCGAUGUCAUGGCGUACUCACCAACCUUUGCCAUCCUGUUGAGGUGGGAGAGGGAAAUUGUCACGGCUGCGAUGCCUAUUGCCUCGAUACUGGGAGCACUCGUGUCUUGGCGCCUCAUGGAUGACUUGAAGCCACCUAGGACUAUGCUUUGCGCAUCUGUGUUCUGGCUGAUUGGAAGCUGUCUCAUGGCUGUUGCACCAGGGCUUGCGGUUUUGUCUAUCGGACGAGUCUUGGCCGGGCUGGCGGCUGGAAUUCUCAGUGUCGCUGCGCCCGCAUAUAUGGUCGAAAUAGCGCCACGGGAGAAUCGGGGAGCCUACAUGAGCCUUCUAUAUUUGUUUAUCGCUGCCGGUAUCUUCCUGCAAAAUGUCAACCAAUACGUCGCUGCUAAGCUCUCGUGGAGCAUGCUUGACAUGACUGAACCGAUUCCUCGCGAAGAUCUCAUGUCUGCUCUUCGAGUAUCAUUUAUCUUUCAACUUAUUCCCGGCUCUAUCUUCACGGGUUUUACGUUCUUGCUGCCCCAGAGUCCAUAUUAUCUUGCCUCGCAGGGCCAUUGGGCUCAAUCCCAUGCGUUCAUGGCCGAGCUACAAAAGAAAAGAAUGAACGACCCUAGACUUCGGGCGCAGUAUGAGCUAAUGAGGGAGGAUAUCCGGGAUCAGCGCCAGAAGGGACAGCCUCGGCUGCGAAUGUUGCUUCGUGUCUCGGAGUUCAGGAGGCUUGUGACGGGUCUGUUUAUGCAGAUGUGGAAUCAAGCGUGUGGUAUGCACAUUAUGCUUCACCACACUGUCUUUGUUGUGACUGCCGCAGGAGUUAGACACCCCAAUUUGGUUAUCUUCGUUCUAUAUCUGCUCAAUGUCGUUGCCACAUGCGUUCUGGGUUCGAGACUGAUGGAUAAAUGGGGUCGACGGGUGACAUUGCUCAUUGGCUCCUUGACAAUGGCAUCCUUGGAAUUUAUUGGAAGCAGCAUCUACGGAUGGUUUCCCUGGGUCAUCGAAAACCGAGGCGCUUCAACGGCCGUGGUGGUUUUCGCUUGCUUUUACAUCAUCGCAUAUGCGGCUUCGUGGGGCCCAGUAUCGUGGACUUACACAGCAGAGAUAUUCCCGAAUCACCUUCGCACCAGAGGGAUUGCACUGUGUUCGAUAUGCUAUUGGAUUUACAAUGUGGCCUUGACCUUUACGGAGCUUAGUUUGCGCUCCAAUAGUUCCCAGACAUACUUCAUACUCGUCGUCAUGAAUAUGGUCGCCUUUUUCCACGUGGCGGCUGCCUUUCGCGAGACACAAGGGGGACCUCCAGAAGAAAUGGACGAUAUCUUCAGUUCAUCCUCCUAUGCAUGGCAGCGGCAGCCGAGGGGGGUCAAGCUUCAAGCCUUGAUAUCACAGUUCGAAGGAAUGGAGGCGACUAAUGGUCCUACUUGGCUGCAGCCGGGGUAUGAGUUGCAGGACAGAUUGGCAACUACUGAUGCAUAA